GUAACCUCAAGUCAUUUGAAGUGUAUUGUACUCAAAACUACAAGAAAGGAUUUUUCUUUUUUAUUUAAAUUAUAAAAAAAAUAAAUAAAUUUAUUUUAAAUUAAAUAUUCGAUAAUUUGUCAAAAAGAAAAAAAGCAAAUAAUAUAAAAGAAAUGGCUUUCAUUAAAUCAAUUGUAUGUUUAGCAGUUUUGGGUGUAGCUGUUGCAUCAGUAGUUCCAUUAGGUCAUCAUGCUGUUUAUUCAGCUGUACCAGCUCAUCUUGAUGAAGAACAUUUAGAUUAUUAUUCUCAUCCAAAAUAUGCAUACAAUUAUGGUGUUGCUGAUGCUGUAACUGGUGAUGUUAAAUCACAACAUGAAGUACGUGACGGUGAUGUUGUUAAAGGACAAUAUUCAUUAGUUGAACCUGAUGGUUCUGUUCGUACAGUCGAUUAUACAGCUGAUGAUCAUAAUGGUUUUAAUGCUGUUGUUACAAAAACUGGACCAUCAGUUCAUGUUGCACCAGCAGCUCAUGUUGCACCAGCUGUUGUUGCUCAUGCAGCUCCAGCAGUAGCAGUAGCUCAUUCUGCUCCAGCAGUUUUAUCACAUGCAGUAGCACCAGCUGUUGUUGCACAUGCCCCAGCUGCUGUAUCACAUGCAUCAGUUGCUCAUCAUGCAGCAGUACCAGCUGCUGUACAUGUUGCUCCAUAUGCUGCAUAUGCCGGUCCUGUAGCUUAUGCUGCUCAUGGUCAUCAUGGUUAUCAUCAUUAUUAAAACAGAAAACUUAAAAAGAAUGUGAAUACGAACUUUUGAAAAAAAGAAAUGUAUUAGAAGAAUGCAGGCUAUAUAUUUGAUCAAAAUGAGUUUUAUGAAUUGUGGACCCACCAAAUUGAUAUUGAAUUUUUUUUUUUAUUUUAAAAAUUUUAAUUUAGUAUAAUUUAAAUGAAUGAAUUGAAAAAAUGUCUUCCCAUCUUCCUUUUUAACUAUAUUUUUCGCAUAUGAACAUUUACAAGUUAUAUACAUACAUACAUAUAUUGUGUUUUUAUUUUAAUAUUAUGAGUCAUUCUGUAUAGAAAAACUGCCAAUAUAAUAAUUAGAAAGUAAAUGUUAAAAAUGUAAAAUAUUUAAUUGUAAUUGUGAAUUGUACAGAGUGUUACAGACUAUUUUCAUUACAUAUACUCAUUUAUACAAGCAUAUAAAUUUCAACGAAUUUUAUGUAAAUUUAUAUUUUAUGCUUUUUUAUAUUUUAUUUCUUAUAUUAUUUAAUUUAAUAAAAAAUUAUCUAUAAGGACACUGAAA